UAUACAUAAAAUCUACAUUGGAGAAAAGACAAAAUUGAACCAAGAAAAAACAUUUCCUAAAACACAUUAAGCUGAACUGUGAUUUAUUUGAUUACUUAACAGAAUCAACAGACUUCUUUGAAGACGGAGACAUAUCCAGGUUUCAACGUAUGCCUUGUAUGGCACACACACUUCAGCUUGCAUUGAAAGAUGCCAUGAAACAAUCAGGAGCCAGUUCUGCUGUUAACAAAGCCAGGAACCUUAUUCAUUCUGUCAGGAAAUCUUCGGUAGCAAAUGAGCAAAUGAUUAAAAGGUGUGGCCGAACACUGAUUCGUGACUGCCCCACACGGUGGAACAGUACACUUGACAUGCUGAAGCGACUUCUGGAAACUAAAGCUACACUUAAUGAGGUUCUUGAUGAACUCGGGAUAGAUACACUGUUGACCAGUGAUUGGGCCAAGUUGGAAAACCAACUUAAAGUAUUGGAGCCAUUUGGCAUGCACACAGAUCAGCUUCAAACAGAUAGCCAGUCUCUGUCAGAGGUGAUACCUUCCCUGCUAAACCUGGAGGCACAUCUCCAGUCAACUAGUGGAGAGAAAAAUUUGGCACAAGCUCUUCUCAAGUGUUUGCGCCAACGUUUUACAUGUCUGUUAGAUCCCAUUAGUGACUAAUUUGAUCCAGUCCCUGCAGCCGCAUGUCUAAUGGAUCCAACUGUCUCUCUAACCCUACAGUCUCCUGAACUAAUAUCUUUGAAAAGAACAGCAGAGUUAUUUGUAUUGACCGAGGCAGCGAAACACAAUCACACCAUAGAAGCACAACAAGAUGAGUCUACACAAACAGUAGCCGUUUCAGCAAACAUUACAGUCCUUCAGAAAUACAAGUACUUGGCUAAUAAAAUAAAUAGCUUAAACCCUGAAAACCAGCCUAGGCCAUCUGAAAGUGCUCCACUUGAAAUGCAGAAAUAUCAGGAGGA